AUUAUAAUUAUUAUAUAAUACCUGAAUAUUAUAUUUUGAUAAAUUGAUAAUUCAUUCACAAUGAAUGAGCAGUUGGAAAACAUUAAAUUUGUCGAGGAGGUAGAAAAACACGAAGUUUUAUAUAAUUAUAAUCUUCCUGGAUACUCAAGAAAAGACCUGACAGAAAAAGCAUGGCAAGAGAUAGCAGCCAAAUUAUAUUUAUUAUUUAUUAUUUUUAUUACAAUGAUUUUAGCGUCCGAGUGUAAAGAAAAAUGGCGUAAUCUUCGUACUGUUUUUACACGGAAAAUAAAAACUCCGGCAAGUGGGUCUGGUAGAAAUAAAAAAGCAUACUAUUUAACAGAUGCCAUGCAGUUUUCUAUCCCAUUUAUAAAAACGUUGGUUCCACCGUCCACUGGUAAUCUUCCGGAGAAACCGCAAGACGAAACGACUGAUGAAACGAUAGAAAAUACAGAAAUAUGUGAUGGUCCGACAAACUCAUCGUACUCAGAUCAGUCUUCAGAACUACAACCGCCACCACUUCCAACAUCACCAACGUUAGAAGCACCAUUCCUAUCACCUUCCGCAUCACCAGCAUCACCAGUACUAUCGCAACAAAUUAACCAUCCUGAAGAACAGUUCUCGUCUAGAAAUAAGAAAAACCUGAAGUUCAAAAAUAAAUCGGCAGUGGAAGCAGAUAAUUGUGUGGCUGAAUACUUUAAAGCUAAAAAGGCGAGAUUGGAAGCAAAUUUAGUUACUAAUACUUACAACAGUGAAAACAAAGAAGCUCUCAAGAUGUUUUUAUUAAGUUUGAUGCCUGAAGUUGAACAUUUUAGUAAGGAUCAGAUUAAAUUAUUUAAACGAAAAAUUUUCAGCGUUAUAGAUGAAAUAUCAUCCCAAUCAUCGUCAACAUUCUCGUCGCCAUCUACUACUUCAUUUCCGACAACACACACUUCGCAAUCUACCACGUCGUAUACAUCUGGGAGUACACCAUCAAAUGCACUUGAGUAUUACAGCAACUUUUCUGGGACAGUCGAAAACUACGAUGAGGAGUGCGAGUCCAGUUUCACACCAUUAUAGUUAUUUUAAUAUUCAUUAUUAAUUUCUUAAUUUAGUUAUUUAUUGAUAUUAUGUUAUUAUUACGAU